AUGUUCAGGCGCUUUCCGCACCGAUUCUUGGCCAGAUGCUACGGAACAGGUCCUAUCUACGGGAACCACAAUAACAACUUCCGCACUACGACGCGGCAGGGAGCUUACGGGAGCACAGAAGUGCUGAACAACGACCUCUUGUCGACUUCGAUCCCCACCGUGCCCCUCGAAUUCGAAGUGAUCAACGAGCACACGUGCCCAUGGACUAGACGACACCCGGUGAUCAUUUUACACGGGCUAUUUGGCAAUCGAGCCAAUAAUAGGACCAUCGCACGGUACUUGAACGAGCAAUUGGAACGGGACGUCUACCUGCCGGACCUACGCAACCAUGGACUGUCGCAGCACAUCGGGCGGCACGACUACCCGUCGAUGGCUGCCGACGUAGAGCGGUUUAUCGCAGAAAAGAUGCCCGAGGACGACGUGAAGCCGAUCAUCGUUGGCCACUCGAUGGGCGCGAAAGUCGCGAUGAGCGUGGUCCUGCGAAAACCAGAGCUGUGUUCGAUGCUCGUGAGCAUCGACAACGCGCCGGUCGCAACGGCUCCGACGACCGCAUUCCCCAGGUACGUGCGCAAACUGCUCGAGAUCAUCGCGUCGCCCAAGGUGCAGACACUGCGCGACGCAGAGAUGUCGCUGCGCGAGAUCGAGCCCAGCCCCGUAAUCCGGCAGUUCCUACUGACGAUUCUCCAGCGCUGCAAGGACGAGAAAACCGGCGAGACCCGGUUUCGGUCGCGGAUCCCGCUGGGAAUCUUGAACGACGCCAUUGUCAAGGGGAAUAUCGCCAACUGGGAGUUCAAUCCCUGGGUCCACCGGUGGGAAGGUCCUGCGCUGUUCAUCCGGGGCACGCGGUCGCAUUACAUUGCAGACGAGUUCCUCGCGGACAUCGGCCGGUUCUUCCCGCGGUUCGAGGUCGAGGACAUCGACGCAACCCACUGGGUGAACACGGAGCGGCCCAAGGACUGCAGCGACCUGAUCGCACGGUUUGUCGAGAGACAUGAGGACGAGUAG